AUGUUACCAAAUUCACUAAAAAGGGACCACCCAUUCUCGAGUUGUAGUGCCUGUACUGAAUUGUCAUUUUUUAGAAAGCAACAGAUCAUUCAACAACCAGAAACAGUCUUUGACCAAUCAGAAGUCGAACAACAACAACACCUUUUAAAUUCUUCCAAUUUAUCAACCUCCCCCUCUAGCGCCUUCUCUAUUCCUCCCCCAAAUUUAACAAUAAUAAAUAAAUUGGCCGAUUUAACCUGCAAAAAAUGCCCUGGGGGCAAAACUUUUACAAGCCGCGAACAUUUAGAACUACACAAUACAAACACCCAUAGAGACAGACCUCAAUAUUGUUGUAAUCAGUGUGGGGCUUUGUUUAGUGUUAAAAGGGAAUUGGCAACACAUUUACGUGUUCAUUCGGGAGAACAACCUCAUCAAUGUGAAAAAUGUGGCAAAGAAUUUGGCACAAGACAAUUAUUAAAAAAGCAUACAAUGUGGCAUACUGGAGAACGUUCGCAUGUUUGCCCCAGUUGUGGAAAGGCAUUUUUCCAAAAAGGUCAUUUAACACAACAUUUAAUGAUACACAAAGGUGGAAGGCCACAUAAAUGUUCUUUAUGUUCAAAAACUUUUAUUUUUAAAUUUGAUUUAAAUCGCCACUUAAAAAUUCAUACUGACCGAAGUUUUGUCUGUGGGAGGUGCUCAAAGUGUUUUCAACAAGAAGUUGAGCUUGAGGGGCAUGUUUUAAAUUGUAAAAGGUCGUCAACAAAUAUUAUUCGAAGGAAUAAAAGGCCCUCCAAGCGUAGAGAACCAUUUUUUGAUAACUCUACAAAUAUUGAAGAAAAUGAAAUUCCACUUAAAAAGCCUUCGUUAACCUUUAAAAAUGAGGAGGAAAGCAAUAAUGAACAGUAUAAUGAAUUUAUGCGAAAAAAUGAGACAAAUGGGGGAAAUGACCAAGUGAGUCUUUACCAUUUUGAAAAAUUUUUUGAAUUUAAAUAUGGCUAUUUUAAAUCUAAAUAG